CCAAUUAUAUUUUGCUCAGUGAUUUAUAUUCCGAAAAUGAUGGGAGUUGCUUGAAACUUUAAAAAUCGCUAGGCAGCAAGUAGUAGUAGUAGUAUAAUAGUUUUUGCUCGUACCCAUUUCUUGAGAUUUGUGAAACAGUAUUGGUUGAUUGAAUUUUUUUAUUACAGUUUGUCCUUUCUUUUCCUCAUGAUAUGAAAUGAAUUCUAUCAUGUUGAUUUACUCUAAUUUUGAUAUUUACCAUAAAUCCAGGUUUUUCUUCUCCUAUGAAAUUCCAAAAUAUUGCAUAAAUAAUGUAUUCAUCAAUUUUAAAAUGAAUAGAAUUGAUGGAGAAAGGAUGACAACAAUGGUACCUUCCCCAACAGAAAACUUCCCCAGUGUCCAUUUCAGUUAAAAAUUAGUUAAAUCUCAACUAUCCAAAAAAACAAAAAUGCAAAGACUGCAACUCCUCAUCAACAAUCCAAUGGAAUCUCUUUCAGAAGAGAUCAUCUUCACCAUCCUCGACUACCUCGACUCCGACACUAAGUCAUUCUCCGCCACCUCCAAAUCCUUCCACUCCCUCGAAUCCCGCCACCGCAAAACCCUCAAACUCCUCCACCCCGACUCCCUCCCCGCCGCCCUCCGCCGCUACCGCCACAUCCGCCGCCUCGAUUUCACAAACUGUCCCAGCGCCGACGACGGCGUGAUCUCCGCCGCCGCCGAGGCCUACUCCGCGACGCUGAGAUCCGUGGAUCUGUCGAGAUCGAGGCUCUUCACGCACGCGUCGCUGUCCCUGCUGGCCACGAAAUGCGGGGGGCUGGUGGAGCUGGAUUUGAGCAAUGCGACGGAGCUCAGGGAUGCUGCGGCGGCGGCUGUGGCGGAGGCCAGGAAUCUGGAGAAGCUGUGGAUGGGGAGGUGCCGGUUGGUGUCGGAUAUUGGGAUUGGUUGCAUUGCUGUUGGGUGUAAAAAGCUAAAGCUGGUUUGCUUGAAAUGGUGUGUUAGAAUCACUGAUCUUGGUGUUGCUUUGCUUGCUAAUAAAUGCACUCUCCUUCGUGCUUUGGAUCUCUCUUAUUUGCCGAUAACGGAUAAGGGGCUCUCGCCUGUCCUGCAGCUGAAGAAUCUAAAAGAGUUGGCGCUCGUUGGAUGUCCUGGUAUCGAUGAUGACAGCCUCAAGCAUCUCAAGCAAGCUUCCAAAUCUUUAGAGGUUCUUGAUGUGUCCUACUGCAGCAAUGUUUCGUGUAAUGGCAUAGCUUCUCUUAUUAAUGAUGCCGAUUCUCUUCACCACCUUAACAUAGCCUAUUGCUUUUCUGUCACCUUAGAUUUGUCGAAAUGCUUCUACAAACUGUCUGAGCUGCAAACCAUCAAGUUGGAUGGCUGUCACGUCCCAUUUGCUCUGAUGAAGGGUAUAGCCGACUGCUGUGCCUCCUUGGAGGAACUGAGCUUCUUCAAGUGCAACGGGGUGGGAGACGAGGCCCUCUCCUGCAUUGCAAGGAAGCACCGGCUGCUGAGGAAGCUGGACAUCACGUGCUGUCAGGAAAUAACAGAGGCCUCAAUCGACACCAUCACCAAUUCAUGUCCGCACCUCACUUCAUUAAAGAUGGAGAACUGUAGUAUGGUGUCGAAGGAAGCCUUUGUCUUGAUUGGGACGCGCUGCCAAUCCCUUGAGGAUGCCGACUUCACUGAGACUGAAAUCAAUGACGAAGGUUUGGAGGCAAUCUCAAGAUGUUCCAAACUCAAGAAUCUAAAGCUUGGAUUGUGUCGCAACGUCACAGAUAAUGGACUCUCUUAUGUGGGAAGCCGUUGCCAAAAUCUCACACACCUUGACUUAUACAGGUGUAUGGAGAUAACUGAUAUAGGCAUUUCAGCCAUUGCUAAUGGCUGCCCUUUAUUGGAGAUGAUCGACAUGGCCUACUGCGAUAAAAUUGGGGACACCUCGUUGACAGCACUAGCUGCCUGCAUCCAUCUAAAAACACUUGAAAUCCGUGGCUGCCCUUGUCUCUCCUCACUCGGUUUAUCAGCUGUUGCCAUUGGAUGUAAGCAGCUAGCUGUCUUAGACAUCAAGAAAUGCUACAUCACUGAUGAUGGAUUGAUUUCUCUUGCACAAAAUUCACAAUCUCUGAAGCAGAUAAACAUAUCAUACUGCCCGGUGACAGAUGUUGGGCUGGUGGCAUUGGCCAGCAUUCGCCGUCUGCAAAAUUUGACAGUCUUGAAUGUGAUGAAAGUGACUGUGGAUGGCCUUGUUGCUGCUAUUCUGGGUUGCAGAGGGCUUAUGAAGUUGAAACUUGACACAAUGUAUAAGUCGCGUAUCCCUGAGGCGUUUCUGGAUGAGGUUGAAGGGCGCGGUUGCAAUAUCCAGUGGCGAAACAAGGCGGCUCUGCGUUCCCAAUAUGCUUAUAAACCUCAGUGAUCACUUAUUUCUUGGAGUUAGAUUAAGUUUUGGUACUAAUAGAUGUUAAAGAGUGAGUUGGAGAUGGAGAAAGUAUGGUUAGAUAUUGUAGUAUAGUGAAGGGAAAUCCUAAGCCUAGGUUGAACUAAAUGCAAUGCUUCAUGGCAAGUUUAUUCCUAUA